GUUCAAGGUGGGGUUUUAUGAUCAAAUUUAGCAACGGGGGGUUGAGGGGUCUCCUGUAUACGGAGGUACGAAUACUAGAAAGUAUAUACUUCAGAUUCUGCCUUGUGUGGUUCGGUUUCCCUUCCACGACUCCCACCUCCUCCUAACACCCACCAACAAGCGUCUACUAUGAGGUACCACUUUGGAAUUCUUGUUGGGGCCGUCGGUAUAUGUGUUGCUGCAGACACAGAUGGCAUAGUUGCGUUGGCAAGUCAGAACACUCGCGUUUCACCAAUUGAUGGAUCUAUCAUCGCAUUACCAACGCAGAAACAGCUGGACUAUCAAGACAAAGAAAUAACGGCUCUCAUUCAUUUCGAAAUCGCAACAUGGCUCGAUAUCAAAUUUGAUGGCUGCAAUAGAGACCCUAAGUUGGUUCCGAAUGUCAAACGCUUCGCUCCGACAGCUCUCAAUACCGACCAAUGGCUGGAGGCCAUGACGGCUCUGGGAGCCAAAUCCGCAACCCUGGUGGCAAAACAUAACUGCGGCUUUGCUACCUGGCCCAGUGAGGUCAAAUUUCAUACGAUUGACGGGAAUACGACCUCAUAUGGUUACACAAUUGCCAAUUCUCCUGUUAGCGGUGUUGAUAUGGUGAAGGAUUUUGUGGCCUCGGCAAAUAAGUACGGUCUGGGAACUGGACUCUAUUAUAGUACUGUUGUUAAUAAUUUAUUCAAUGUACAACAAUCGAAGGUCCGGGGAGGGCAGGGCCCACACCAGCUAAAGGUUACGGAGGAGGUUUACGAUGGGAUUGUGAUUGAGCAGCUGACCGAGCUGUGGAAGAACUAUGGACCUCUAACAGAGGUGAGAAAUCGCCAACAUAACAUGAUUAGGUGCAGUUAAACUAACGAAAAAUAGAUCUGGUUCGAUGGUGGAUAUAGUGCCGCUCAGGGAGCCAAGAUUACGACUAUGCUGGCUGAAUUGCAGCCUGAUGCUGCUGUUUUCAACGCGUGCGAUCAGAAAUCUGGAACUUGCCUGACACCACAUUCCAGUAAGUCCCCCGCUUCACUUGCUUGUGCUUUGAGCUCGUGCUGAUUAUAAUGUUAGUUCGAUGGGUUGGAAAUGAACUUGGAGAAGCUCCAGAACCCAAUUGGUCAACGUGAGUACUACCCAUUCACCUCCUUUCUGAAUCAUCGCUUAUGUCUCUCAGUGGAAAUACAGACGAUGGGGGGGAUCCAAAAAGUCCUUUCUUCAACCCUGCAGAAUGCGAUACCACUUUAUACACCCCUACCAGAUGGUUCUUUGGUGACGGUUUUCCUCUUCGAAACAUCAGCGAACUUGUGGGAGUUUAUCACACAACGGUUGGCCGAAAUUGCAUUCUUGAAUUAGAUUUUUCACCUGAUACCCGCGGAUUAAUUCCUGAUUCGCAUGUAGCUCUGUACAAGCAACUUGGCGAUUUUGUUCGAACAUGCUAUAAUAACCCCAUCAACUCCACGGAAACCACGCCGCAAGGAAGCGAUGGCAGCUACUCUUUCAAAUAUGAUACCCCAACUUUAAUAGAUCGUAUUGUUCUAAUGGAAGACCAAACGAAUGGACAGGUCAUUCGCUCAUAUUCAGUUUAUGUCAAGAUGGCCGAUGUACCGGAUGCACCCUGGACUUUGGUGUCUCAGGGAACAAGUGUUGGCCACAAGAAGAUUGAUCUCUUCGUUUCUCAGGUUUCGGUAAUGGAAGUUAUGGUAAACUCCACGUUUGUUGACGUUCCAAAGUGGAGAUCUGUAGCUGCACAUUUCUGUGACAGAUUUUGAAGGCACAAUAAUAAAUCUAUGACUUUUGGAAAAAGUCCAAUAAUAUCGCGUUACAAUUCAAGGUUCGGAUAAUUAGAUACCCUAAUAAAAGCUUUUGUUCCC